AUGUUUUCUAUUUACAGCGAACUCUUAACCGUUGGCCUACUGUGGGGCGUGACCAAUCCGUUUAUUCGCCUUGGCAGCCAGGGCAUCGAGUCGGUCAAAGAUACGGGCUCUAAAUGGAGAAACUUCCUCCAGGAAGUCCGCACAAUUGGCUCCCGCUGGCGCUACUGGAUACCAUUCGGGCUGAAUCAGUGCGGGAGUGCUCUUUACGUUUGGACUCUACAAAGUGCCAGUAUCACAGUGGCGGUGCCAGUGGCCAAUUCCCUUAGUUUCGCCUUCACUGCCAUAACUGGAUAUGCACUGGGCGAGAAGCUGCCAGGGAAGAAAGUCAUCCUAGGCACCUUGCUUAUCUGCUGCGGCAGUAUUCUAAUGAUCUAUGAUAAGGUCCUUCAGGAACAGGAUCACCAGCCACAAAAUAUAACAUUCCAAUGAACUUACCCUAAACCAAAAAGGCCAAAUUGUCUUUAUUGCAUUCGAUAAAAGCAUCAUUAAAUAUUGAAUCAAUAGGAAA